GUGAAGGCAAAAGACUGGAAAAUACGAGAACAACGUAUCGAUUCUUCGAAAGAAAUGAUAGCAGUUGCCCGUCAGAGCAAAGCGGCUUCCAAUAUCACAUAUCUCAUAGGGGAUGCUCGGGAUGUAGGAGAUAACCCAGAUUGGAAGGGAAAGUUCGACAAGGUUGUGAGUUUUUUCGUACUUCACUGGAUCCCCUUCGCAGACCAGCCGAGAACCUUGAAGGGCAUCGUGAGAUGCUUGAAGCCGGGAGGGGAGGGGCUGGUCAUUGUGGACAAGGAUAACGAAGGCCUUGAACUGCCAACUGCGGCAAACCUUUAUGUCAAGAACCACGAAAAGUGGGGCGAGUUCGUAAAGGGCUACGAGUCGCCUGUAUACAUGUGGAACCAAUCCAUUCCAGACACUGUUCAACUGUUAAAGACGUUUGGUUGCUCAAGUGCAACGUGUGAAAUCAAGACGAAGGAGCUGCGCAUGUCUGAAGUUCAAACAAAACUGUUUCUGAGGACGAGCCUGGGCGAAAUGCCUUUGAUACCGGCUGUCGAGCACGAGGCAUUCCUUGAUGACUUAUGGCAAUGGGCGGUCUCUCACUACCAAACCAAGGCUCCUGAACGGGGGUACAUCUGCCUGUUAAUCGAGUCUGUGGUCAUACAUUUUCGUAAAUAAUGGGCAGAGAUCUGGUCUUCAAUUGGUAGCAACUUUUUUCUGUGCUUUCCCUGAAGGUGGUUUUUAGGUCGUCCAGGUCGUCCUGAACUUUUAACGAAUUCCCCUCUUUAUUCGACUCUACAAUAGAUUACGUUUCUCUAUCGAUAGAGGGUAUCGAUACGUUAUUGUUUGCUCCAGUGGGAAAAGUGUAAAUGAUUAAUGUGCAAGCUUAACAACUAUCCGAUUACUUCCUAGACCAAGACUAUGCUGAAGACAGCAAAUCAUCAAUGCAUCAGAGGCGGUUAAGGCAUUGCGCAAGCUGGACUGAUUAUAUACUCUUUAAAUGUUUCUUUGGCAUUUUCCUCAGUGAUACCCACCCCUUCAAAAGUCGUUUAAUUAAGCUACUGUGCGCAUACAAUUACCAUUCGGCUGUGGUCGCUGCACGUGUAAAGUGCUCGGGGGGACGCAUUCAACUCAGCUCUAGUACGUUCUGAGUCAUGUUAUGACCAAAAAUGUUAAUUCAGUUCAGAAUUAAUGCAGUUCUGUAAAUUUUGUGUAGGGAACUGUGCCUUAGUAAGGGCGCCCUCAUUCUUCCAAAACUUUCUUUUGCAUAUGCAUGUCACGAGGUAAUUAACGAAAAGUUUUUUUUAAUUUUUGGCGCUUUCCGUGUACGCAGUGUUAAGGUGGUCAUAUUGGUUUUAGGGUCUCGAAUGUAAAACAGUUUCCUUUGUAUUUUGCUUCUAUUUAUUUGAAGAGAGCAUAUGCUCCUAAGUGUGGGAGAGUGUCAAUGCUUCAAACCCCCAGUAAGUAGUAAGUAAUUAUUAUAUAAAUAUUUCUCACGAUCUUUGAUAGAAAUUGUAAGAUUUCAGGCGUGUCAACGAGAUAACUUUGUUCUGUAUGUAUACCGUGCUAUACUUUACUGUUCAGCCAGCUGUUGGCCAUGUGAUAACCUUUGACCAUCACAUCCAUUGUAUUAUUAUUUACGGUGCAGCCAUUACACCAAGAUGUUCGGAUCAAUACCCUUUGGUAUAAUGAUGAAAUCUAAGUGGGUCGGAGAUGUAUUUAUUACAAGCAUUGAGACUCAGCCGGAGUCUAGUAUGUCCUCGAUUUAUUGGAUGGUAAUGGGAAAUUUCUCUCUUGUGCGGAUUUUAAGGAGUUUAAUCCAAGAACCAAUUUUUUGGAAUAUGUAGGAGUAAUUAAGGCUUAAGUUAGCUUUUCCAAGUUUGUUGAAUUUUCUUUUAUUACUUUUAAUUUAAAUACUCUUUUAAGUGAUUAAAAGGUUCUCAUAGCA